AUGCCGACCGAGAGGUUACCGUUGACCAUCUUGGCACUGAUGGUGUUGAUGAUCUGGAAUUGCCGUCCAGAGCAUUCUCAGACCGAGCAGUCAGAAAUCCCGUCAUUAAGAUUGGUGAAUGGUGGCAGUCGGUGCGCUGGGAGAGUAGAGAUUCUCCACAAGGGAAGCUGGUGGACUGUGCGACAUUAUAGAUGGAACGAUCGGGCUGCGGCUGUGGCGUGUAGGGAGCUGGACUGCGGCGCCCAACUGAAAACCCUGGGCUAUGCUCAGUUUGGGCAAGGAUCCGGACCCGUUUUAUAUUCCGAUGUUAAGUGCGAAGGGAGGGAGGCCACUCUGCGGGAGUGUACAGUCGAUGAAUGGUUUGACUAUGGCUCACAUUCAUACGAUGUCGGCGUUAUUUGCAAAGGUCACAGAACUGCAAGAUUAGUGUCCGGAAAUGACGAAUGUUCGGGAAGACUGGAAAUGCAGUUUGUUGAAGAAUGGGAACCAGUUUGUGACCUGCACUGGGAUAUGAAUAAUGCCAACGUGGUGUGCAAUCAACUUCAAUGUGGAGUCGCUGUUUCUUUGCUGAGGGGAGCUUAUUUUGGAGAGGGAGAAGAGCGUGUAUCGAAAAGAAUCCUUAAAUGUCAAGGUAAUGAGUCGAGCCUAUGCGACUGUCCAGAUUAUUCAAGGACUCUUCAUUGCAACCACAUGAAUGACGUCGGUCUGAUCUGUUCUGGGAAGCAUGGACCACGUUUGGUUAAUGGGAAGAGCAGAUGCUCUGGGCUUGUGGAAGUACUGCACGGAGACCAGUGGGGGACACUUUGCGAUGAAUAUUUUAGCCUGGAAGAUGCUGCCGUGGUCUGUGAACAUCUACAGUGCGGGGCAGUAAGUGCAACUCCUAGAGGUGCUAACUUUACCGAAGAAAAAGGGCCAUUGUGGAAGUAUGACUACCGUUGUCUGGGGAACGAGUCCCGACUAACCGAUUGUCCAGUCUCAGCUUGGGGUCAGAAUAGCUGUUCACAUGGGAAUGACGCUGGUCUUAUCUGCUCUGCUGAAAUUUGGUCUUUGAGACUGAGCGAUGGGGGAAGCCGAUGCGACGGCCGAGUGGAGGUUUAUGGUAAUGGCACCUGGUAUAGAUUGCAGGAUAAAGAUUGGAACCUCAAUGACGCAAACGUUGUCUGUAGUCAAUUGCAUUGCGGCUUCGCCAAAUCCGCCUACAACUCCUCAAGGUACAGAGAAACUGCACGGCCCGUGUUGGUGACCAAAGUUCAAUGCGAAGGAAACGAGUCACAUCUCCGAAAUUGCAACAUCUCGGAGUUGAACAGGUCUUCUUCUGACAUCUUGGGCGUUGGUGUCCUAUGUUCAGACCACUUGCAGUUAAGGCUAUUCGGCAGUGAAGAUGGGUGUGCUGGAAGACUGGAGAUUUAUUACCAUGGAUCCUGGGGAACAGUUUGCGAUGACUCCUGGGAUCUAGUUGACGCUAACGUGGUAUGCAGGCAACUAGGUUGUGGUUAUGCUUUGGCGGGAAAAAAUCAUGGUCCCUGUGUACGAAGCACUGGAGAAAUUUGGUUGGAUGAAAUGAGAUGCUCUGGUAAAGAAAAGUAUCUCUGGAAAUGUCCAUCAGCCCCGUGGGGCCAACAUGACUGCAGCCAUAAGGAAGAUGUGACAGUGGAAUGUUCUGAACACAAAGAAAUGCGCCUGGUGAAUGGAAAUCACAGCUGUGAAGGGAGAGUGGAAGUGCGGUACAAUGGGAGGUGGGGAACAGUUUGUUCCGAUAAACUGGAUGAUACGGAUGCGAACGUGAUCUGUAAGCAAAUGAAAUGCGGGCCCAUCGAAUCUAUUGAGUAUAAUUCCAAGAAGUAUCUGGAAGGAUCUGAUCCAAUAUGGCUGGAUGAAAUAACAUGUCUCUCGUAUGAGUCGACUCUUUGGCAGUGUCAUGCAGACCCUUGGGGGAUACACGACUGUCAACAUAACGAAGAUGCAGGUGUUAAAUGUGAAGAAGCGAAAAUACCGGGGAGGUCCAGUGAAAAGGUCUGUGAAGCACCCUAUGUAUCUCAAGCAGCGUUAGAACUACCGUUGCGUCUUUUUGGCGGCAACAACAAUUGCUCCGGAAGGUUGAAGAUAAACUCCAAUGAUAUUUGGGGCACGAUAUGCGAUGAUUCCUGGGAUAUAGCCGAUGCCAAUGUAGCGUGCAGGCAGCUGGGCUGUGGCUCUGCCCUUUGGACUCUCGUGUCGGAUAAAAAUGUCCAGGACAUCGGUGAUAUUUGGCUGGAUGAAGUGAAAUGCAGAGGAAGUGAAGCUUUUCUGUCCAGUUGUUCUUCCUCUCCACUCGGUCAACAUGACUGUGAUCAUAAGGAAGAUGUCUUUAUUGUUUGUUCAGAUUCCGCUCCUCUCACUGGUUCGACGGGUUCAGUAUUGGAAAACAAGUUCUCCUCCAUCUUGUUUGCUGUCUGCGUGACGUUUGGAAUCGUUGUCGUGGGCGAGUUAUUCGCAAUGGUGGUGAUAAAGCGGAGAAGAGAUUAUAUGAAUGAUGAUGACAGAAUUUUCAAAGUUCUCAUUCAUUAA